AUGACAAUGCUGAAGUAUCAAGUGAGAUCAAGCAGUCGUCCUACGGCUUAUGGUAGCCCAUCUUCUUCUACUCACGACACGACUUUGACGAGCCGAAGCAACUCUUUGGCGUCGCUGAAUUCGGUGGACAGCGCGAAUUCUGAAGGCGAUUGGGGUACACUUAGGGUCUACACGAGCAAUGUAAAAGCUUGCACAGCCUACAAAACGAUUCGCGUAUCCACCCAAUGCACUACAAAAUCCGUCAUCGAGACGAUACUAAGUAAAUUCAAGAUUUCAUGCAAGGACACGAAUUUGUUUGAACUUUGGAUGGAGGUCACUACAAAGGCCACCACUGGAGUGGUCCGCACGUUGCUCAGAUUGGAUUACACGGCUAGGCCACUGCAGCUGCAGAGGUGUCAUCCAGCAAAUAUGUCUCGGUUUAUACUUCACAUGACUUCAGAAGGAACAUUAGUUCGAGUUCAUGACCAUAAUAUCUCGCCUCAGUCCAACUACAAAUCGCUGCUACUGGCCGAAGAAACGACAUGUCGCGAGGCCAUCGAUAUCCUCUUGAGCAUGAAUCGGAAGGAGCCCGAAGGCGACUAUGCGCUCUUCCUCACAGCGCCUGAAGGCGAGGCUCAAAUUCCUUCAGAGGUCUCUUUGGUGCCGAUCGCCGCGAUAAAUUCGAAACUUGCUGAAAUGAAUGGAAAAUUGCUGGUAAGAAAGCACUGUAGGGAGAACAAUCUUGAGCGUGUAGAAGCAUUUCUUCUGAACCUUUUCGCUAGCCAGCAAGCAGACACAAAUGAAAGCCAAAAGUAGAAGAAAUGGACGAUCAGUGAAAAGAUGAUAAAUUUCUUCGUAGCUUGAUCUCGCUUCAUUUUCUACCUCUUCACUUAACAUAUCACAUACUUAGAAUAAACUAUCAUCUGGUCUCUUCUUUUGUG